AUGGAGAGUCAAGGCGUUGGACCGCGUUAUGUGUUUUUCAAAGUAACAUCAAUUUUUACACUCAUAGUGCUGUUUCUAAUACUUUUUACAAAUGUAUGUUUGCUCAUCCGAAAAAAACAAAUGUGCGAUGUUACAGAAAGUGGUUGUGAUGCUAAAGCAUUUGUAAAAAAUCUUAAACUAUCAGGGGUGUUGACAAAGAACGAUAUUGAGGAAUUUAAAUUCAACCACAUAGAUACACUAUACUAUGAAAUUAAUAAGUUAAAAAACCUUCCAAACUACCCAAUAAAUAACUACAAGGCCUAUAUUUCUGGAGAUUCUAGCAAAAUUUACCUUUCUGAUUUAACAGGUUUUUUCACACCUUCAAACAAUUCAGUUAAUCCAAGUAAUUCAAAAUUCACGCAUAAUGACACUAGUAAAUUACACAGUGGUAUUUCGUUUAACAUGGAGAAUUAUGUUAAAUGGGAGGAAGUUGACAGGUCGAAGUUGAUUAAUUUGACAAAUGCAAAAUUUGCGACUAUGGAAAUUAUAGAUGGCAGAGUUAUCAUUCGCAAUUUUACACCCCUUUCCGUUUACCUAGAAGGGCACUGCAAUUGCAAGAACUUUUACCAACUUAAACCCAUAGAUCUCAUUCCAUUCAGAAGCAUUAAGAGUUCCUCCACCGACAACACAAAUUAUGACGACUCAAUGGUUAAAAACACCAUCAUUAUAACAUGUAAGGAGUAUGCUGAUGAAAUUGUGAGUGGUGUAAUAUCUCGGUAUCUUGAUGAUAAUCAAUUUGAUGUAAACAAAUAUGUUAUGGGGGAAACUACCAGAAAGUUGAAAAAACCCGAUAAAUUAACCAUCACCAACCACACUCAUAGUGACACAACAGUUAGCACUUUGGAUGCGAUAAAUCACAAAAAAUAUAAUAAUAAAAACGAAAAAAAUGGUGUGGAUAAAAAGAAAGAUUUGGGAUCUGAUGAAUCAAUAGCCAUAAUAGAUGAUUCGGAACUCUACUAUGAUUACUUCUCGGACGGCCUGCCAGCACCAAAAUUAGACGAGUAUAUAUUUGACAGGUUGGUUUUGGAAACUAGCAUGAACAAACUACAUCCAUCAACACCAACCAAUUCAAUUGAAGGCGAUACAAAUGAUGUUGAUAAUACAAUUAUAAGAACGCUUAAUAAUGCGGCACCUGAAGUGAGUCAGGAUCAAAAGGGAUUGAGAACAGAAACAAUGGAUGUUUGUAUACCCCUGUGGAUUGAUGGAGAAUGUUUGGGCCUGCAAGUUGGUAAACAAAUUCCAUUGGAACAGAAUUAUCAUGUUGAAACAACGACAAUAACAAAUAGCUCUAGCAACAAUAUUAGCGUCUUGCCAAAGACUUUAUACCUACCAACAUACACUACCAUUGAUGAAAGACUUGAAGAAAGGGGAACUCAAAUAUACGAGACGGGUAAAAGCAACAGCUUGGAGGAAACCACGGGAACAGAGGAAUUUGAACAAUCUAAAGAAGUUGAUGAUAAAGAUAAAUAG